UGGUGGUCUUCACGUAUAAUACAUUAUCUAUAACAUGACAAAAUGUGUUCUUCAAAGGUUCUUAAAAACAAAUUCCAAGAUAGGACGAGUCAACACAGACAUUGAUGUAAUUAUAACGCAAAAUAGUAUUCAAUAAGCAGACGCAUCAUGCCGACUCCUUAAUAUUAAAUUUGGUCUAUCUUCAGUAUGUUAUUGAAGCUCUAUCUGUCGACGCUUUGAAAAGAAAGUAAUAUCAACUAAGAGAUACCAUUGUAAAGACAAACACAGGCCAUCUGGAAUCCUGUUCUUUCCAAGCUGAAACUGAUUUGUGCCUAGGAAAUAUUAAAUCCUUAAUUAACCAUUAAAUUCAAAAGAUAAGAGCGGGUGAAUAACUAGAACAUUCACUUUAGACAGGGGAAAAAGCCUGAGACAGCAUAUUGGAAUCACCGUGCGACCACAUAGGGAAUUGUUCGUUCAUGCAAACUCGUCACAAAGAUAUUGGACAGUUUCUCUUGUUUAAAUUACUAAGAGUCAGGAAUAGCCAUAACAACUACAUAGACGGAAUAUGAUUCAGUUUUCUAGUAGCUCGGAAUGGCAAGAAGAAGGAAGAAAAGUAGAAAAAGUACUGGUUCCUCCAGGAAGGAAGAACUGACUCCAAGUGUUGCUUCCAAUGUUUUGUACGAUCCUAAAAUUUAUGAAGCGCAGAUUGAGAUACUGAAAAAGAAAAUUAAAGACUAUCAGUACGUGAUCGAUAAUUUUAAGGAUCUUAUUCUUCAAACAACAUCUAAAGUCCACAACAUUGAAUCAGAUGGCAAGGGACUUAUCACAUAUUUACAAAACUGCAUUCAAAAUAAAGGUUAAGUUCACCCACGCUUUUUUUUAAACAAUAGAAUAUAGAUAGGGAAAUCGUUGGUUUGAAACAAAAUCUCAGCACUUUACUUAAAAGGAUGAGUGAAAAGCAUAAAGAACACAACAAAAUUGUAGUCAGUCUGAGGCUUGAAAUCGAGGCUAUUGAAGAAAAGUUGAACUCAGAGAAAGCAGUUUUGAGUACAUUUGUUUUUCUUACAUUGUGAUUGAUAUAUAUGUAGCGGGAAAAGUUGAGUCUCUCGAAAAUUUUAGUGUUGAGCGAGCUCAACUGCAAUACAAGACGACAGAAAUAAAAAAUUUAAUCGAAGAAACAUUGGAACUCAAUAAGUCCAUAUAUCAUGAAAAGGAUUUAGAACUAACUGUUUCUCAAGACCGAUUAUUCAAAGAGAUGUUAAGCAGGGUUUCACACUUGGCCGGCAAAUUUCGAAUCGGCACAGAGAAACGGGUUAAUAAAACAGAACGUCGAACAUUAGAAUACAAUUAUAAACUUAAUGACAAGUUGGCAAAUCUAAGCAACAAAAUAUCCCAUAUCAUGGGUAAACAUAAAUCUUAUAAACAAGCUACAAGACAAUUGAAGCAUGAUAUAAACGUACUACAGGAACUAAGAGAUCAAAUGCAUAAGAACUGGUCGGAUCAUAUCAAAUCUUUAAAAGGUUCAGUAUCCAAUUGUUUAGAAAAAGAACAGAAAUUAUCUUCAAUAAUGAAAUCAUUUACAAGUGACAAAACUAUCGACUCAAUGAACAAUGAUUUAUUUGAUGAACAAAUAAAAUAUAUUAGUACGAAAGAAAUUCGACUAAAUGAUGAUUUACAAACAUUAAGAUCUAAGUACGAGCAUACAUUAUUUCAAUAUGAAGAAUACAUGGAUCUGAAGGAUAAAGAACUUUAUCGUUUGAAACAAUUAAUUAAAGCUAGGAACAGUCUGUGUCAAUUAGUGUUUGAUUGCAAAACUGCAUUAUGGGAAGCCUAUGAAGUAAGCUCACUUUAUCUUAUUCACGUUGAUCUGUUCGAACUGGCCUACAUGUCAUUAUAUAUAUAAGAAAUUUAUUCCGGUUUCUAUGUUUAAUUUUGUAUUUCUGUACAUAAUUUCCUUAAACAGAUGUCAGAACCGGAAAAUGCUAUGAAACUGAAUUUAACUGAACGAAUUCAACGUCAUGAUCAUUUAUUGACUGCAUUCUUUAUCUUAAUUUAUACAUGUGAUCAGCUCAUUUCACGUAUUACCCCAUAUCAAAUUGGGGACUUUCGAUUAAGUCAAAUAACCAGAAGUAUACCCUCAGCAUCAAUAAAACAGUCAUCACGUGGUAAUAAGGUUAUGUUUAGUAAUUCUCUGCAUACAUUUUCCAGUUCUUCAUUGGCUAAAAGUGACAACCAGACUAGGAAAUUUUCAUCAAAUAACAAUGAAUCUAGUGGAUCAUUGUUGGAUUCAUGUGGAAAAGAUUGGUAAGUCAUUGAUUCAGUGAUUUUGGCAUGUAAAAUUUUUAGAAAUAAUACAUGAAAUUUUUUGUCUAAGACAGUAGUUAACAGUGGAGUCCAAAACGUAUGUUUUAUCUCAAUUGGGACUCACUAAUUGCAAAUACCUGCAUCUCAAUUUUGAUAUCGAGACUCGAACACAAUACUAUUUCACACCAAACAUAAACCCGCGCUAUCUACUGAACUACUAAGUCUAGACAACCACUAACGUUGUUGAUAUUAAUACAAAUACUAACCAUGUAAUUUCUUAAUCCCACAUGCUAGUAGUUAGUGAUCAAAUACCCAUGUAUUCUUCAAUCAUUUAUUUCAAACUAAUCUAAAUGGUUUACUUCUGUACCUAAUCCUUUGGUUAUCAGUGCGUCAGAUUGGUUAAAAGUGGUAUUUUCUCAAUCUUUUCUUUCUUCUGAUUUCCGUUCAUCCAAGAGUACCACAUCAUUAAUUAUGUAUAUAUAAGUACUUGUAGUGUUAGACAUUAGUUUUAGCCCAUAAUAUAUCUUAUUCUAGUUUCCGGACAUUCCAUUCUAUUCAUUCUACUUGAGUCAUGUUUUGACCUUGUUAAUUAUUCGCUUAUUAGCCUUGACUGUUUUCACAUGAGCGUAUAUGUGUGUACACUUCAUGUCCCAUGACUCAUCACAUGUCUGUAGUUUAUUUUGUCUGCCUAUAAAUAUUGAGUAAUGCCCGGCUUGAAAUGGAGUUGCCUUCCCAGCCAUCUUCCAUACGUGUCGUUUUUGCUUUGCUAUGCUUCAUUCGCUUCAUGUACGAAAUAUAUGUAUUCUCAAGUCAAUUCUCGUUAUUCGACUUAUUUAAUUUCGUUAUUGGAUAACGCGAUUCAAGUCGACGAUGAUAUACGAGAAUAAGCGAUAACAAACAUCCAUACAAUCUAAACAGGAGUCAGAUCCACGGGCCACAAAAGUGGUGAGCCCUUCAACGAAUAUCGCCGAUCUAAAUGAGGGCAAAAUCAAGCUACGGGCCUCCACUAAAUACUCAUCACUUGGUUGCACAUACUAACACAAAAUGUUGGCAAGUCAAUUGAAGCUAGACUUGUACACCAAUGAAUGCCAGCUCAGUGAUCUAGAGGUUGUGUUCACGCGGAGGUCCUGAGUUCGACAUCUGCAUUAGUAGUCACGGAUGCGCACUGAUGAGGAGUCCUACAUAAAGACGAAACGGCCCUUCAGGUUUUCAACUGUUAUCUAACUUGGAUCAAUCCGUGGUAUUAAUGAAUUUUAAUAACCUGCACGAACCCAUAUUGAUGAGUAUUUUUUCGUUACAUAAGGUCUGUGAUGACUAUUGGAUAAAGGAAAUCUUGUACUCAGUAGAUGUGCCUCAAAAUCAAACGCCUGCAGUUCUACAAUCGAAUACUGAGCCUUUACAUGAUUGGGUUCCAAUAUUUUAGUGUAGAAAUUUUAACUUGGCAGAAAAGACAUGCAGUGUUGUCGUCAUAAAACAGUGUAAAACCCACAACUCCAUGCUGAAGUGUACGGCUGUUGUUCUCAGACUAAUUAAUGAUAAGCUAUAGGGUCAAUAAAAUUGUGUUUUAGUAAAGCAAGUACUGGUUAGAUAAAAUCACUUAUAAAUAGUAAAGAUUUGUGCUCAAGUAAGUGGUUUCGAUUAAUCUCGAGGUAAUCGUCAAAGACUAAAGGAGGCUUUUUUCUGUUAGUCAGCCUCUUGACUUGAGGUAAUAAAGAAUAACUUCGUUAAAUUGGUGAAUCUGGACCAGUCAUGGUUAGUUUUUGGUUAAAAGGACCUAGGCUUCAACCAAUCUGCUUCACUUCGUUUUGACUAGCUCGAAGUCAACUAUAUAAACCUUUACUUGGUAGAUGAGUUAUAUUUAAUGAAGUUUGGAUACUUCAUUUUAAUUGUUUUGAUGGCACCAGGUUAGUUGUCACUAACUAUCUUAUACACUUAAAAUUAUUUUGUGCUUAUUUGUACGAAGAUGUCAUUUAUUCAAACUGCUUUUUAAAACUAAUUGUUUGUUUAUUCAGUGAUUCAACAUCGAACUUCCCAUUAGCAUUAAAAUUUGGUUUAGAACCAAUAGACGAUGCGAAGCAAAUUAUUUCCACUACUAAUUUAAUUAAAGAAUUAUCAAAAUGUUCACGUCAAUCAGUAAGACGAACUAACACACCAGUUUUACAUUCAAUAGCUGUGCAAACUGAUUCAUUAUUCGCAAGUCAUAAACAACCAUCAAAUUUAUGCAAAAAGAGGAGUUUAAACAAAGCAUGUUUUGCAAGAAUUAGUCGUGGAAUUUUACAACUUCCACUGAUUAAUUCAACAAUCCUAGCACCAAAGGAAGAUUAUGAUGAAUUGUACAGAUUUAAUAUACAAUCAACUUAUAAACACAAGUCACCUAUACUACCAAGUUUAUACAAAUUGGCUAGAAUGUAAUUCAGCUUAUAUAUAAAUGUUAACUGUUGAAGUAUAAUUAUUGAGCCACAGGUUCGAACCAUGUAGCAGUCAGAAUUUUCCUGAUGUUUCUUAUACACUUAAUGGGAUUUUCAAGUAUUAAUGAUAUUUCAACGAUUUCAAUCACUAUAUUUGUCUGAAUCUUAACUUUUCGGUGUUGUGAUGUCAAGUCAAACAUCCUUUUUAUUGCAUGAACAUUUGGUGAUUUUCAUUUGAUCGCUUCAAAAAACAAUAUGCACCUUGUAUUUUUUUAUAAUCUUGUUUAGUCACUAAUUUUAUUUAUUUCGUUUGCCAAUGUGGUAGAUAAGUAUAGACGUUUUAUGAAUUAUUUUCAAGUUCAUCUUGGGAUUUAUCAACUAUUCCUAAUUUCAGUGUGACACGAGAUCAAUUUCAAGUAGGAGCUUCAUUAAAAAGAUUUUUAAAAAUUUCGAAAAUUGUUUUUUGAUGAGUCAAAAGUAAAGAAAUGAAGUGCGAAAGAACAUGUGAAAAUGUUUGUGUUUGACUUACCUAAUCUUUUAGGCUAGCUUUUGACAACUUGCAUCAUUUAUGGCGUAGGCAAGAUAUCCGUCUAUCAACCGAAGGUCAGUCAGUCAGUAACAACGUAGAACUUCUUACGUACGUACAUCAGUUCGAGUUGCCAUACCACAUUAGUAUAGAGAUGCAGUGGUCGAUUCA